AUGCCUCAGUUCUUCCAGGGAAAGACCAUUUUAAUCACUGGCACAACGGGCUUCUUAGCAAAAGUUUUCUUGGAAAAGAUUCUAAGAACACAACCAGAAGUUAAAACACUAUAUCUUCUCGUACGAGCAGAAAACAUUGAUUUGGCUGCAAAACGCUUUCAAAAUGAGGUGAUUCUGACAGAUUUAUUUAGAGUGUUACGGGACCAAUGGGGUGAAGAUUUUGAUUCUUUCAUCUCGAGCAAGAUUGUGGUCAUACCAGGAGAUGUUUCUCUCCAUAACUUUGGUCUGAAAGAUGAAAAGCUUAAGAAUAAGAUGUUGGAAGAGACCAACGUUGUUGUGAAUUUUGCAGCAUCUACUAAAUUUGACGAAAGAUUUGACAUCUUAAUGGGUGGAAAUACAAUGGGUGCCUUACAUGUCUUAAACUUCGCAAAGAAUUGUCGCCAGAUAAAGGCUUUUGUGCAUACAUCAACUGCAUAUGUGUGUGGAGAGAUUAAGGAUAGAAAAACAAUUGUGCAAGAGAAACCCUUUGAGAUGGGUCAGACCCUGAAAGAGACCUCGAAAUUAGACAUCACUGCAGAAAUGAAUUUGUUGAAGAAGAAAAUCGAUGAACUCCGAUCAGAGAAUGCUACUGAAAACACAAUCAGAUAUGUAAUGAAAGAUUACGGAAUUGAAAGAGCAAAGUUGUAUGGUUGGCCAAACACAUACACAUUCACAAAAGCAAUGGGAGAGAUGCAAGUGGUUCAUCACAAAGAUAAUGUUCCACUAAUCAUUAUACGUCCCACCAUGGUUACCAGUACCUUUAAGGACCCAUUUCCUGGUUGGAUUGAAGGCUUAAGAACUCUGGACAGCAUAAUAUGUAGCUUUGGUCAAGGGAAAAUAACAAGCUUUCUUGGUCAUCCCAAGACAAUUUUGGAUACAAUACCUGCGGACAUGGUUGUCAAUUGUAUGAUGACAGCAAUUGUUGCUUGUUCAAAUGAAGCUCCAAAGAAUUUCAUCUACCACGUUUCUUCAUCGUCAAGAAAUCCAUUCAGAAUUGCCGAUGUUCGUGAUUUCAGCUAUAGUUAUUUCACUAAAUUCCCAAUCAGAAACAAAAUUGGAAAGCCAAUAACAGUUUCCAAGCCAACUUUGAUAUCAAGUAGGGUUGCUUUCGACAUUCUCAUGACAGUCCGAUAUUGUUUGCCACUAAAGGUGUUAAAUUUGGUGAACGAAGCGUUUUGUCAAUGCUCUCGAGAUGUUUACGAGGAUAGCUACAAAAAAAUCAAAAGGGUGACACGACUGGUUGAACUGUACAAACCAUACCUGUUUUUUAAGGGCGUCUUCGACGAUUCAAACACACAAAAUUUACGAAGAGCAACAAGUAAUAACAUGGAGGUUGAUGGAUUGGACUUUGACCCUAAUAGCAUCGAUUGGGAAGACUACAUGAUGAACACACACAUUCCUGGUCUUGUAAAGUAUGCAUUGAAAUGA